AUGGACGCCGUAGCUUACGCAGCGCUGCCGAGGGUGGUGCUCGACAACGGCUCCGGCAACCUGAAGUUCUCACUGGCCUCGAGCAAGAAGCCGCCGACGGUCAUGCCGAACUGCAUCGGCCAGCCGAAACGCAAGUUCACGUCACAGUCAUUCAGCGCAGACACAUCGCACAGCAGCCCCAGCGACCCUUUGUCAUACGCGGAGCACGGGGAAUCCAUCGGAGACGCAUGCUACACCCUGUGGGAGUACUUCUGUCUGAGGCCCUGGGCCGACGGGCUGCUGUACGAGCCCAACCGCCAACGCACCAUAUGGAACAAGAUCAUGGGCAGGCCUCAUAUCAAGAUAAACGGAGUGCCGGCGAACAUGCUCGCGAUAGCGCCCGCGAAUGCCGCGCUGUGCAUCACGGAGCCAAACAUGGCGCCGGGGAUGUGCCGGCAGACCCUGGCGGAGCUCAUAUUUGAGGACCUGGGCUUCUCACUGGCAGCCAUCAUGUCAUCGCAGGCUGCCAGUAACUGGUACUAUUCGGUUGCGAAGAACCCUGCCUCUGGCGCGGCAAGCGAUGCCAAGCUGACGGCUUACCCAUCCGCUAGCGCCGCUCCGGCGUCGCUGCCGCCUGACACGGCGUGCUGCCUCGUUGUGGAUUGCGGUUUCGGCAGUUCACAUUGCGUGCCCUUCGCUAACGGGAAGCCGAUACAGCGAGCGGCUCUGCGCAACGGACUGGCGGGCUCCCAUCUCAACGCGUACCUCAAAAACGUAUCGGCAAUACGCACAAUCAACCUCGAGUUCAACGAACUGCUCGUGCAGCACAUGAAGGAGGAGGCGUGCUACGUGUCAGCGGACUUCAACCUGGAGAUGAGAGCGGCGCGGCAGCUUCGGCGUAUCAAGGGGAGCUCGUGGCUCACCCACGACUACGUAUUACCCACGUACGGAGGAAAGAGCAAAUCGCACUUGCACAGGCAUUUCAACAAUCACAGUGUGAGCGCGCCGCCGUUGUUGACAGACGAAAGGCGCCCUGUUGUAGAGAGACUCGCCAGAGGAGCUACUUUGACCCCGGAGGACCUUGAAGCGAUCGUGCCACAGCAGUCGGCGGACCAUGCUAAUGGCGAUCAAACGGCGGAAAACAAUAGAGCUGACGGUCAAACUAAUGGGGACAUGCAAAAUACAUUGGAGGCUGCAAAUAUUAUCGCGGAAGAAACGGCAAAGGAGGACAAGAAAGCCAACAACCAUGUAGUUGGACUCUUCAACGAGCGUUUCGCAAUUCCGGAACUGCUGUUCAGCCCCCAGGACCUGCGCCUGAAUGAAUGUGGCAUUGCGGAGCUCGCGUUGCGCAGCAUCGCCCUUGCUCCAACAUGCCUGCAACGAUACCUCGCCGAGAACGUGCUGCUAACGGGGGGAAGCACCAAAUUCCCAGGGUUCACAGAGCGAUUCUACAGCGAACUCAGGGCGAUGCUGCCGGCUGAUUGGAACCUACAAAUAUACUCCGCCGAAGAUAGGGCCUUAACAGCCUUCUACGGCGCAAGGCUGUAUGCACGCGAUGACACCGCCUUCCUGGAAACGGCAGUCACGCGCAACUUCUACCUCGAACAUGGCGGAAUAUACCCGCAUCGGUAG